UCCCUCUUUGCCUAUGUGUUCCAAGUUACUGCCAGGCAAGGGUAGACGAUAACAAACUACAAGAUUCUUAACGUUUUCUUGACUUUUAUAGAUCACCUCAAAUGUUAUCCAGGAACUUUCUGAAGAAAUAUUAGGAUACAUGAGACGUUUAUUUGUUUGAACUUAAUUCCGUGUUGAUAUUGAAGUAGAUGUUUGAUUGCUCUGGUCUAGGGACGCAUCAUUUGCAGCCUUGGGAAUCUAAUUUUCUCUCCGCAACUCCCUAAUCUCUACACUACAACAAAGUAGUCUACUGUACUGUAGCCUACAAUUAUUCAUUCAAUACAAAGAAAUAAUAGCUUCCACAAUGGAUCGGGACAAAUCUAGGCCGUUCCCCUCCACCCUCCCAGAGUCCCCAGGUCGAUCGCCUCCCUGUACUUUACUGCUGGGUCUGGUUGACUGCAGGAAAACACCGGGGCAGAGUGGAACUGAGAGAGGAGAAGAGGAAUAUGGAGAUGUGAUUUCAUUAAGUAAGAACCAUGGCGACAGCCCUAAUCGUUGCUCUCUCAGUGGGAGGGGCUUAUCAUCUGUGGAGCCUCAACAACAUCAUGAUGCUGACAAGAAAGAGAAGAGCCUCUCCAGAUCAGAACACCUCAAGAAACACCAGCAUAGAGGUAUAGGGAAGAAACCUCACUGCUGCUCUGACUGUGGGAAGAGUUUUGCUAAACAGAAGGAAUUGACGAUUCAUGAGCAUAUUCUCAAUGGAGAGAAACCAUACCACUGCUCUCAGAGUGGUAAGAGUUUUGCUGCAUUUAAAAUCUUAAAAUCUAAUCAGAGAAUUCAUACAAGGGAGAGGACUUACACCUGCUUUGAUUGUGGGAAAUACUUUAGUCGAUCAGGAGACCUGACUGCACACCAACGCAUACACACAGGAGUGAAGCCUUAUAGCUGUGUCCAAUGUGGGAAGAGCUUUGCUGUAUCCGGAAACCUGACUACACACCAACGCAUACACACAGGAGAGAAGCCUUAUAGCUGUGAUCAAUGUGGGAAGAGCUUCAAUCAUUCAGGAUCCCUGACUAAACACCAACGCAUACACACAGGAGAGAAGCCUUAUUGCUGUCAUCAGUGUGGGAAGAGCUUCCGUCAUUCAGGAUCCCUGACUACACACCAACGCAUGCACACAGGAGAGAAGCCUUAUGGCUGUGAUCAGUGUGGGAAGAGCUUCAAUCAUCCAGGAUCCCUGACUAAACACCAACGCAUACACACAGGGGAGAAGCCUUAUAGCUGUGAUCAAUGUGGGAAGAGCUUUGCUGUAUCAGGAGACCUGACUACACACCAACGCAUACACACAGGAGAGAAGCCUUAUAGCUGUGAUCAAUGUGGGAAGAGCUUCAAUCAAUCAGGAGCACUGACUACACACCAGCGCAUACACACGGGAGAGAAGCCUUAUAGCUGUGAUCAAUGUGGGAAGAGCUUCAGUCAAUCAGGAGCACUGACUACACACCAAUGCAUACACACAGCACAUAAACCUUAUAGCUGUGAUCAGUGUGGGAAGAGCUUCAAUCAAUCAGGAGCCCUGACUACACACCAACGCAUACACACAGGAGAGAAGCCUUAUAGCUGUGAUCAGUGUGGGAAGAGUUUCAAUCAUUCAGGAUCCCUGACUAAACACCAACGCAUACACACAGGAGAGAAGCCUUAUAGCUGUGAUCAGUGUGGGAAGAGUUUCAAUCAUUCAGGAUCCCUGACUAAACACCAACGCAUACACACAGGAGAGAAGCCUUAUAGCUGUGAUCAGUGUGGGAAGAGCUUCCAUCAAUCAGGAGACCUGACUGCACACCAACGUAUACACACAGGAGAGAAACCUUAUAGCUGUGAUCAGUGUGGGAAGUGUUUUGCUCUAGAUUUCACCCUGACAACACACCAGCGAAUACACACUGGAGAGAAACCUUACUCCUGUCUAUGUGGAAAGAGCUUUGCUCAUUCAGGGUCACUGAAAAACCACCAGAAAACACAAACAUGUCAUCUUUCAUCUCCCUCCUCUCCGACACCAGUUCCAGAUCCCUAAAUAAAGUUUACAUAGAAAACAUCUUGUAAAGAGUCAUCCAUCUCCCAUUCUCUAACAGUUACUAAGUCUGAUUACCAUGGUAACCUGUGUAGCAUAAUAUGCAUCUCUGGAUCCAUGUGUAUCAAGCGGCUUGGAGUAGGAGUGGUGUGUGGUGGGGAGUAGGAGUGUUCAGAGCUGUAUCUUAUUUCUAUAUCUCCUAUUAUCCAUUAAAUAACUUUAAUGUAGAAUGUUUCAACAAUACAAGGUGUGUAUUCAUUUAUUCAAUAGAAAAAUAAAUUACAUCCAUUAUCUGCUCAACAAUGUCUGCUUAUCACAUUAAUUAUAUGUUUUUAAAAUCUAUAAUAAUUUUUAAUGAGGAUCAUUGGCCUCUUGUAUAAAUAAUUUGGUCCUAAAAGAUGUUCUGCCAAUUGGUCUGAGGGGGACAGUUACCUGCAUGAACCAAAACCGAGUGAGAAAAGAGCGAGCACUCUCUUCAGAAAUACAAUUCCAGCACAAUGUCCUAUACAUGACCAUUCUACUUCUUUUUGGUGAGUUGUUACGUGGAACAAA